UUUAGACUUGAUCACGUUUUUAACUUCACAAUAAUUCGCCACUUGUCUUAUGUUUACUAACUCAUCAUGGUCUUAUCUUCCAAGUUUUUUAUUUCUCUUUUUGUAAUUUCUCUUGUAUCGAAAAAUUCUGUUUCUGAUAAUGCCGAGGAACUCUCCCUGUUUCCUGGUCAUUUGGAGCCACUUGGAUCAAAACACAACAAAAGCUCGGUCAAAACACUUUCAGCCUUUCCUCAGCCACGCGACUUCUUCGAAAACUAUGUCACCGCUAGUGUGCCGGUGCUGUUUAAAUCUGUUGCGAAACUUUCCCCGGCUUUCGUUAAAUGGACCGACGAUUAUUUCUUGAGUAGCCCAGAAGCAGAAACAUUUAUGAUCGAUAUUGAAUAUGGGAAGAAAGAGAAUCGAACGAAAGGGGAUUUAAGACGCGCGUCUUUCAAAGAGUUCGUGGAGACUUAUAAAAAGCGAGACGUAUACAUGGUGAACGGAGUUCCAUCGUUUAUACAGUAAGUAAAAUAAAUAUUAUGCUUAGAUAACAAUAAAGCCUCGCGGAUUAUGCACUAACUAGCUUUAUGAUCACUCAAGAGGCCACAAUUAAUGAUUUUACCGUUUACAUCAUCAUAGGGCUUUUGCACGAGCAGUUUAUUUAAAUAAUUCUUCUUUGUUCAGUUUAUUUACAAAGGCCUGUAGAUGCUGAUAUUCAUUUAGAGAAAUGUUACAUAGUGGGAGAAAAAAUAACAUUUAUUAUAAGUCUCGAUCGUUUAAUACAGGUAUGUUGUGAGAUAAACAGGAAGUGAAAGCCAUUUUAAUUGCGCAACUUUGUUCUAUGAAUAAUUUUACUUCAUGGCAUCGUGGAAGACGCUGCGAGCGGUAGUUUUACUCAUUAAUAAUUUUCCCUCACAUUAUAGUACCACAGAGCAGCAGCUGUAAAAAAUAUAGAUUUUCAUCGGUCCCUAAAAGUACAAACGAUUCUAUUCCUUGGGUUACUGCCGUAUUUCACAUACUACUCAACAAACAGUAAUCAAUUCACCUGUUAAAUCGUAUAUGUAAAUAUGUAAAAUUUGCUAUGUUGAAAUGACCUUUUAUCUCACAUCUUUAAAUUGAACCUUAAAAGGUUCAAUUUAUAAUACACCUGCGAUCUUAAUCAAAGGUAUUAUUAUCCCUGUCUCCUGCAUUUCACGUUUUCAAAGUUAAUGUCGUGGAGACGGUAAGUUAUUGACUUUAAAAAACACAGUUUAAUGGUAAGAAUAAAAUAGCGUUAUCUUAAACUGGAAGAGUAUGCCCUUGAGAUUUGUGCGGAAGGCUCAAUACAAACCCUUACCGGUCUCUUUUGAUAGAAGUUUUAUAUGCAAGAAAAGCCAAUCAUACAUCUGUGUCCUCAAGUACUGAUUCAAUCUUAAAUAGAUUUUAAGUGUUUAGUGAUUGAAAGGGGAAGACUUUUGGAGAAAUGUCCAAUAUAUGGUAUGUGUAUUCCCGAAUCUUUUUGACAACAGAGUAAGGUCAAAAAUAGUACAACAACGGCGGAUGAACUUUGUUUCGAUGAAGAAAAAUGCCGCGUGUCAGUUGUGAAUUCAUUUCUUUGACGCGAUACUUAAAACCGGGAUGAAUUGCCCUCAUAUGGGAAAUUCCAGCUCGGGUACCCAAAAUAUUGAAGUCGCACAAACGAGAUUGAACACCAGGCUAAUUUUAUAUAUUUAUUUUCACAUCAGAUAUAGGGCAAGGAGGCCGAGGGUUUAUGGCCGUGACGAACGAAACCGGCCAAUUUUAAGCUAAAAUAACGUGUGCUAUAAAUUUCAGAUAUUUCACUGAGAUUUUUUAUUUUUGGCAGUAUAAUAUAAAAUACAAUAUAUUACAAGCACAGGAACAAAAUGAUAACAAAAUGUUACAUACGUGGUGAAAACCGGCUAAGAAUGGCUCAGUGGUCAAAGUAGCUAGGGCUUUCUAGUUGGUCACUACAGUGCCACGUGCAAUUUACUGGCGUCAUAUCACGGCCUUAUUUAAGAGUUCAUUGUAAAAACAAGAAAUUUCAACACCAGGAGGUUAGGGUAUUAGCUAUAGGAUAUUGCGGAUUCGACCCAAUGAUCGUAAAAAAGGUUUCAACGGAAAUCCAGAAAUAAAGACUGAUUCAAUACUGAUCUUUGUGGUUCGGGUAUAUUAGAUCAAGUCCAAAAGUUUUUUGUGUUCGUGAUUGCUUUGUCUGUCUUAGAAAAUAAGUUCAAGCACGACGUAACAACGGAUCAAUAUUGCUGGAAGAAAUAAGCCAUUUAUAGCCUGCGAGCAAGCUCUCCUAUUUGGGCAAGCGAAGUGAGCCUCGCGAGAACGCCCCUCGUGGCUUCGCUGCUCGCUCGCGCGUUCUAGAAUAACUUGCUAGGGCAAUAAAAAGAGUCUGUAAAAACGGAAAAACGGUUUGUGUUGAACAGGCAGCUUUAGUGAAAUACAGCUCAUUUAGUGACCACCUGCCAUCGGCAAUCCUUUUGUGAGUGUGGUUUUUUGACAGCGAGCAGUACAUAAUCUUUCAGAAAGGUUUUUUAACAAUUGAAGGAGAAACAAUACUGGGAGAACUUUUUAAGCACAAUGGGUUUUAAUCCUAAAAAUGUCUUUCUGGAAUAGAAGCGUAUGGGCGGCGGUAUCGGUGAGACGAAACGCUGUCAAGCAGGAUCGUUUGGUUAUUUUUUCUAUUUUAUUUUGUUUUUUAUUGGACUAAAAUAUCUAUUUUUAACUACCAUGUCACAAAAUUUUUGACCAGGGGAUAAUGAACACAAGUUGUUCGGAGGUGACGGGUUUUCCUUGCCAGAUCAAUCAUAUACACACCUUUCAUCCCCACACCUAUCGAAUCUUCCGUCUCAUUGAUCUGUGUGGGUAUCCUGUGACACAGCAUAACGCGACACUUUAUUUAGCUUACACAACAUAUGCAUUUCAAAACGAGUAUAUUUUCCGUUCAUGUCACUUGGAUGGGAAUUGUUUAUAACUCAUCUUCACAGCAUGAGGAAGAAAAUAUUCUCUUCAGGUCACCUCGUCGUAGUAUGUUUAAAACUCUUACUGAUUCCAGUAGCGAAAUUUUCGUCAGAUGAACCGCAUUUGACAAAACACCCGGGUCAUUUGGAACCUCUUGGAGCAAGAAGCACAAAACGUUCGCUGGAAACGAUUUCAGAUUUUCCAACUCCUGAGAAGUUCUUCGAAACCUAUGUGGCUCCUGUUAAGCCAGUGUUGAUAAGAGGUGGAGCUAAACUUUCUCCAGCUUUCACAAAGUGGAGUGAUGAAUAUUUCUUGUCUUUUACCGAGUCUAGUGAUUUCCAAAUUGUUGCCGAGCAACGUAAAAAGGAAGUUCGCACGAACCCCCCGAUUGAUAUAAGCUUCAAGGAAUUUGUAACAACUUACGAAAAUAAGGAUAUUUAUAUGGUACAUGGUGUUCCUCCUUUUCUUCAGUGAGUAGCAUUUGUUUUGUUUUGUUUUAUUUUUUGAGGAAAUAAUGCUGCCCCACUCUGGCAUUCAUCUAUCGUGGUUCAGUGUUUAAUACGGCUUAUUUCGUUGCAUGUACACAGCUGUGACAGCUGUUUUUGUAAAGGUUCUUUUUCCUUUGUUUUUGCGCCUGGAAAAAAAGGAAAGUAAAAAUACUGUUCCAAGUGUAAUAAUGAUCAAUGAACUUCCACCCAUUUUGAAUAUGGCUGGAUAUAAUAUAUUGGGUCUUGUGUCAGGAUAGGUCAGUGGAUUUCUUUGGUAGUGGUCGAAUGAGGGGGAGGGGAUGGACGGUUUUGGGCGAUGGUGAUGGUAUUUAGGAGAGAGGGCAAAGAACUGAGGGCUUCAGUGAAGAUCAGGGUGUAGUGUUAUGGGCUUCAUCACUGCAAGUAGUUGUCAAAAAUUACAAAUUUCAGCAAUGCUUGCACUGAAUGUCAUGGAACCAGCCUGUUCCAACACAGUGGCAUUGGUGACAUCGUCAUGCCGUGCAGUGCCUUAUUGUUAUCACACAAAACUGCUGUUUUCCAUGUUACACUCUUACCGGGAGAUGAUACUGGAGUGGCUGCUCGUGGUUCCAGGCCUGGGCUAUGGUGUAUGAUGGCCAUGAAUAUUGUUCUGCCCAAACAACAGGGUCCCCAUCUCAGACUGAUGAACAAGAUCCAAGGGAAAACAGGGAAUUACAGUUGGAGCUGACUUGGCUAGAGGAUGUGCUGAAAGGAAAGCAAUAUUUGCACCUUAGGGAGACCACAAUGACAUUCUUUCUUGAUUCACUUUAUAGCCUUUUCUAUCCGUAGAUGUAGAAACUGCUGACAGCAGAGGUUUGAUAUCAUGAUUUUCGUUCCCCUUGUAACAAGAGGAUGACCUUCCCAUUCUGUUGAGCUUUGCUUGUCUAAAGCAACUGGUUUUAAGGUACCAGUGACUAACCUUUCACUUCACCCCUUCACCUCAUCAGUAGAGACAGUUCUGCCAGGCUUGGAAGCUAAGCCACAUGUGUAGGUAACAAGUUGGACAAAGGCUAUUUGAGGUGCAUGCCUUUUGGACCACCUUUUGUAUAGUAGGGGCUUGUCCUUCCCUGCCAAUCCCUGGCUUUACAAAUGAAACAUUUUGACUAUGGCUGCAUACCGUAGAAUCCCGGUUAUAAGCCCUGGGCUUAUACAAUUUCGUAAGGGUUUUUGGGUGGGCCCAUAAUUGUCUUAUAAUAGGGAGGAAAAAACAUCCGGUAUGUCGCUAAUUUACCCCUAAUUAUUGUUAACUUUUACCAAAUAACAGGGAAACGGGAGGAAAUUUUGGGCUUAUAACUUAUAACCGGGGGGGCUUAUAACCGGGAUUCUACGGUAUGGUUUGGGCAAUUUGGGAGGGGAUUUAUUUAUCGUACCACAUUGUCUUGUUCUAGUCACUUAUGCAUUCACAGCUCCUUUUUUACUGCUAUUAAAGUUUUUGUCUUUCACAAUCGUUUUUUUUUAAUCGAAAUAUUGCAGCUAAUAUUCUUUGUCCUUCACCAGGAAAGAUGUAUUGCUUCCACCACCUCUCUUGUGUAAAGAUGUUGUACAGGACAUGCUUGUCGACACGGUUAGCCAACUCGUUUAUUUCUAAUAUAUAGUGUCAAUAAGAACCAGGCCCUAGUUGUUCAAAAAAGUGAAUAACUCUAUCCACCAGAUAAAUUACUGACUGUCACCUGGAUAGUGCAAUUGGGGUUGCAGUAUACCUACAAUAUACAGCUGUACAUGUAUCAACUAAAUUGGAAUUUAUCCUGUAAUUCUACAUUGUAUCUGUUACAGAUCAAAAUUAAGUCCUUCAGGUUAAAAUUUUUCGACCUAGGUUGAUUCUCAAUUUUGUUUGUGUCCUAGCCCUGAUUCAUGAAUAAUUAGAGCUAAAAAAAUUUUAGCUUGAGUUCAAUUUUGACCUGGAAAAUAUCCAUCUUUUGAACAUUCGGUGCCUGUUGUAUUGAAUUCUGUCAACAGAAUUUUGUUCACAGAAUUUUACAGUGUAAUUACAGCCUGGCUUAUGGUUAUCAUUCAGUUGUAUUCUAUUUCAUCUAUCAAUUUAGGUGAUGUGGUUUAGUAGUGGUGGAACUAAAUCAGUCUUGCACAAUGAUGACGUGGACAACAUCAACUGUCUGUUCAGUGGAACAAAAGAACUCUUAUUUAUAGAUUACAAGAAAUACAAGAACAAGGUGUGUUGAACAGUCAUUUCACAAGCCUGAGAAAACAGCAGACAUUUGGGGACACCACCGUUGUUUUUCUGGCAAAAUAAGUUCUGAGAAAAAAGAGCUCAGAAAUACUAUACUGAAGAUGUGCACUAGCCAGAUCUGGGUAGAGCUUCUUAUUAGUUGGAAAUUUGCUUCAUCCAAUCAGUAGCACUACCAAGACCUGGGUAGUAACUCAUCAUCAGUAAUGGAAUUUCUGUGCUUCUUUCUCACACGUCAUUUGGUAGGAAACCUAAAGGUGGCAUCAGAAAAUGUUGGCUGCUUUUUCAGGCCCAGUUUACAUAUAAUAGUUUUUGAAUCUGAUUCAACUCUUUUACUGAAAUACAGUUGAGACUUUCAUAACACUGACACUCUGCCUCAUUGGUAAAACCACUGCUUGAGCUUUCAUAAUAACACUGUUUUUUUUUUAUUUUUAACAUUCAUAUAAGCAGGGAAUCUCGUAAGCAAAAUGCAUGGCACGUUUGAGGAAAAAUUUGGGCAAUUUUUUGGCUAUUUGAUCUUGGAUUUUUAAUUGUUAUUUCAUAUGCUGUUUGUUCACAGGUGCCUAUUGAUUUUCCAUCUGGUGGAUAUUCUGGAGUGGAUGUUGAUCGGUAGGGCAUCUUAUGACUAGCUCCUUAUUGAAUGCAUUUUAACUGCUCGGCUCAAAUUCCCGAGUGAGAUCAAUCCUCCUUUUCCUAGACAAAGGACAGGUUAUUGAUAAAUGCUUUUUAUGUUCCAACCCAUGGCAAAAAGAGACCUGGCCUAGGGGAUAAUGACCAUGUUGUACAGAGUACAACAGAGUACAUGUUGUACAGGGUACAACAGAGUACACAGAGUACAACAGUUUUUUAUAUCAGGUAAUUUUUAUUUUUCUUUUGUUUCAUCUUCCUUAGCUUACAUUACCAUACCCAAACACAAAAGAAAAAGAAAAAUUACCUGAGAUAAACAUUAACUUAGUACUUACAACAAAGUUCAACAUCCUCUAAGUCAACUCCCUUAUUAAGUGCUCCUUCUUUGUGAGAAUCAUCAAAGCCUAGAACAAUUUACAUUUGGAUGAAAAUUUAUUGACAUUUUAGCUCAUAAUAUUUUAACUGUAUGUAUUUUCACUUUAAAUAAUUUAUCAUUCUUACCAUUAUACCAGUUUGUACCUAUAACUCUAACAAUUUUUACUUGUGUUUUUCAUUUUUUUAUAUUUUAUUCAUUUAGGGGACCUUUUAUAGGGCUAACCUUACGGUCCACCUUUUCAGAUAAUAUAUUGUGUCCAUAUGUAUAUGUAUUUGAAUAAAGUAUUAUUAAGUCAGAGAUAUUGCUGUGCUUACAGAGUGAUAAAAACCAAAAGAUAAUUUUUUAUAGUCAUGUUUACCUGCACAGUAAUCAGGUUAUGAUUGUGAUUCCCAAUUCUAUAUAUAUGUUGUAGUUAAUUUUUUAUCUCAGGUAAUUUUUAUUUUUCUUUUGUUUAAACUUCAUUAGCAUACAUUACCAUACCAGAAAACAAAAGAAAAAAUAAAAAUUACGGUACCUGAGACAAAAAAUUAACUACAACAUAUUGUUUUAACAGAGGGUCCACCAAUAUUAUGCGACCUCAUUUAAUUCCCAUAUGUUAGAUAAACUACAAGUUUGUGUACACCAUUCCUUUGGUUUGAAGUUCAGCCAUUACUGUAGUGGUGAUUACAAGUAAAGUAAUUUGUCUAGACAAAAGGAGAAAAACAACACUGACUACCUCUUGUUUGCAGACCCUUGAUAGUAUGUGGAACCCACACAAUCUGUUCUAUUAACCAUUUGUAAUUUUACAUUAAAUAUAUUAGCUUAACCGUUUGUGUAACCUACUUGUAGGUUAAAACUAUUUUUAAAUGGUUGACCUACAACAUACAGUGUUUAUACAUGAUACAUUUUAUUUUAGGGUUGAUUUGGUUAAAUAUCCCAGUCUGAAAGAUGUUGAGUACUUUAAUGUAACAAUGGAACCAGGAGACUGUUUAUUUAUACCUUAUAAGUGGUAAGUUUUAACACAUUAUGGCUUACCUACAUUUGGUUAAAACACCUGAGCGUCCUAAGUCGUUUUUUACACCUGACAACUUGUAUGCACUCAAUGACUCACUGGCCGGAGGGGGUCACUGAGCUUUGUUUCUCCUUCAUUAAGCCUGUUCCAGGCUCAGAGUUAGUCAGUCAGCGUGCAUUUUAUAGAGGAGUUGGUUAAGAGCAAUUUAACAACAUACAGUGACACCCUGUUGAUGUGACCACUCAAGGACCAUGAAAACUGGUCAUAUUGUAAUGUGACUGACUUGAUGAUAUAUUUUACAUUUCGGGUGUGGUCAUGAGUGAAGUUUCAUUGUAUUGUAGGCUGUUUGCAGUCCGUCUUUUCCUCUUCAAAUCCGUCCAUCUCUUAUCGCAGCCAGCACCAUUAAAAACAACGACGCGAAUCGGCUUCGCCGCGCGCGUGCAUGGGUUACGCGUGAAGUAACUUUGCAAAGAAAAUUAACUGUCUGUUAUGUGAAGAGAGACCUUUCGAUUUGAGGACGGAACGAAAGAGUACUAGAUUUGAUUUAAAGUUUUUUUCGCGUGUUGUCAAAAUAUAGAAACCCCAUAAUUCUUCAUUGUACUUUUUUUUUCACCAGAAAAGUUAGUACUAUUACCGUUAUUGAAGGAGGUUAAGUCCUCUCCCGAUAGCAAAAUGAUAAAACUUCUUACAUUUGAUAACUUGUUCCCGCCACUACGACCCCUCGUAGUAGACUGACGACGGCUACCACGUUUUCCCUUCAAAAUGACGCUGCCUCACGCGCGCGCACUACUUACUAUUGAGAAAAUCUCGUACACGCAGUCGUUCUCGUCUCAGAAUCUGUAAAAGCUCUCUAAUAUGGAGCUGAUCUUAUUACUCACCACAAUUUCCCUAUUUCCCAAACAGGUUUCAUCAAGUACGGUCAUAUGAUCGGAACAUAGCUGUUAACGUUUGGUGGACGCACAAAGUAAAUUUCAUCCCAGAGGACUGCAAUAUGGAACCUAAUCAAACUUUAGACAAGUUUAACUUCUCCUCACUUGAAGCAGAAUCCGGUGAUCAGGAACAAGCAGGUCCUCCAGAUUUAAUGUAAGUCAUUAUUUUCAUUGAUUUUUCCCGAGGGUCAAUCGGUGUUUAACGCCCCGUCCACACGUAUUCGUUUUUGUUUGAAGGGGAUUUUUUCUCCUUUUAAAAAAUCUGCGUCCACACGUUGCGUUUUUGAAUCGUUUUUGCCCGUCCACAUACAGACCAUAAUGCACCUUGUUUACCCCAAAAAGUUUUGCAUGGUCAUUUUUUCCAAUUUCUUCUGGGUAUUACGGUCAUCCCUAGAGAAAAAGAAUACCAUUGUUAUGCAAAAUCUUAGAGGGAUAAUAGGGUGCAUUGUGGUCUUUGUGAAAAUGGUGACUGAAGAGGUAUGUACAUCUUUCGUGGAGCAUGCACAUUUACUGAUAUCCAACACUAUGACGAAAAAAAACUACAUCUAAUCUACAUACCGUAAAGUUUAAAAAUGUAAUGCCCUCCUCUUCUCUUUCCCAUUACCAGCGGCCCCACCCUGCGCGCUUUCUUUUCCCCAAUGACCAGUCUCCUAGUGGAGUUGAGGGACCUCAAACAGGAGACUGUGUUUCAUCUGAUAUCCAGACACUGAUCUGAAGUAUUUGGCAGGGCUGUCACAAUUAGGCGGGGAAUCCAUCAUCUAGGGAUUUCUUUUGGUUCUAUUUCUCUUCUAUUUUCCUAUGAAAGUAGCCGGGGGCCACGUUUAUAUUAGCCCCCUCCUCUUAAUGACAGCCCUGAAAUUUGAGUGCUAUUCACUUUUCAUUCUUCAAAAACUCUUUUCUUGAUCUUAACUUAAGAUAAUAUUGGAUGAAACACUUUCUCUUGUCUGCCUUCCGAAUUGAUUCCUGAGACAAGAAUACAGUUCUGACUUUAAGUCAAAAGGACUUCUUUUAACGACUGCGGCAAACAAAGUGUGGCUGCUUAUGAGAGGUAAGCCAAUUCCAGGCCGCGUUGACGACGUCAAGAGGAAAACAGGGCGGUACAAGUUCUUCUUUAAGCGCUGUUCCACACUAUCUGAGCGAUUAGAACAGUCUAAUAAGAGUUUAGACUACGUAACGCCCGUUCCAAUAUUUUUAGAGAAGUGUUCCUCUGAAGUGAUCGCCAGAUUUUGGGCAGUAGAAGAUUCACUGGCAAAGACAACGGUGAGCGACGCACGUCAACCGAAAGUGAAACGUUUUACAUUCUUUGGGAGUGGUUUUGCCAACAUUUUGGGGCUAAUCGUCUUCUAUACGAGUAAAGACACUUAGCGUUACAAAUUUAGUAGCGUCAUGGUAUAUUAAAAGGGAAAAGACCCCAUUUCUAGUUGACUUGCUUCGCUCAAAAAAACGCCUCAGCUUAAGCUCUCUAACACAUUGACGACGGCGCGGACAGAUCUACGAACUGAAUUGACCAAUGGAAGAGCGGAAAAUUGAGCAUUGAAAGUCGCGCAUUCUUUCCGGCUAAAAAGACUGUUUGCUUGACUUUGUUUUAAAUUAGUUUUUCUGCUUUGAUUUUCAAGGGAUCAGCUCCAAUCUCUGGUCAAGUCGGGCAAAAAGACUUUCAAGGAGUUUGAGGAACUUUUGAAGAACGUAAGAGUUAUAUGUCUAAAUUUCUCAUCUGUAUGGUCAGGUUUGUCUCAGCCUGCACCUCCAUGAGACUAUCAGUUCAAAAUACAAAUACAAAUAUGAGGUUACCCUCUUUAAGAUGGAAUAUAAGGGACUGUCACAAUAGCACCUAGUGGUGUCUUGUAUAGCCUUUCUAUCCCUAGUCAAGGUUGGUCCUCAAGUACUCUUGCUUUGACCUCAGUAUACGUAUAUAUACCUACAUUGAAAGGUUCAAAACAUCAAUCAAUAAAAUGGAUGUUGUUCUUCAAACAAAACUGAUAACUGUAUAGACAAGUUCCAAUUGUUCGAAAUGCUUAUGAAAUAAAACUGUGUGACAGUUGCCGAGUCGCGUGGGUGUAUCUACGCAAGUGACCAAUCGGUGCCUGAUCUACAACAAUUUUGACGAACGUUGUUAUCAGGUGGUGUCAAGCCUUGGGUAAUUCUGAUAAAUAAUUUUUAAUUGAACUUGUAGGAGCCCGCAGUUGUAGGAGAUCAACCAUUUGUAUGGAAUGAACAGUUCUCUUCCGCUGCUAGGAAGGUAAUGUAAUAGUUUCUAUAAAUCUUCUUGAACUUUGCAAAAUACUGCAAGAUCUGGGUCAGGCCCAACAAACAUGCACCGCACCCCGCCACAUUUUUCCCAGCUAUCCCCGGUUCUAAAUACUGUGUGAAAAUGCACGAGUGUCUAAAUGAAACUUCGUAGCUGCUAUAUAUUCACAAGGGUGAUUAAUCUAGUGAACAAAAAAUGUUCAUUCUGGGAAUCUUUAAGAGAGAAGUGUCACAAAUUUUAGCCAAAUUCAGACAAUGGGAAAUGGCCACUUACGCGAAUACAGUCGUUUCUCCUUGCUCCUCGCCGCUAGGGACGUGUCGCCCGGAGGAAUGUGCUAACCAAUCCCAUAAUUUCAUAAAUUUGCAUUUUUGUGAUGUCACACUUUUCUUCUUUAUAGAUCAUUCUCGAUAUGUUAAAAUUCAUACUUGGCUCCGAGGCUUGGGGAAAUAAGACAAAACAAAUGUAUUGUUCAUAGAUGAGCUUCAAGAUGACUUCUUUUGUUUCAUUCCCCGAAGCCGCGCAGCUAAGUAUGAAUUUUAAUAUAUCGGAAUUGGUCUAUUUGGAGAGGUGUUACGUAACACCAAGCAAAGUCUAGCUAACUCAAACACCCACCCACACGGGACACUGAACUGAUGCAUGGCUGUUAGUAGGCGUCAUCCCAUAUCUGACAUUUUCGUCUUGUUUCAGAUAUUUGAGGCAAUAGACACAGAUAACAAUGGUGAACUUACAACAGGUGAUGUCAUUCGGCUGGAGGAAGACAGUUCGGUAAGCAGUAGUUGCAUAUUACAAAAGUGAGAGUUUCGCAUCCUAUGAUAAACAUCCUGUUUGCUGUUUGAUAGGAUAACCUGCUUAAUAUUAUUUGUCUGUCGCUGACCAGCAAAUGGAGAGGCCUAACGUUAUCAGGAAUACGCUUUAGUAGUGUAACAAGCGGUUGCAUCGAUUUUACGGCGGUCUUUACUAUUGACUCAUUGAUUCGACCAUUCGACCAUUGUGCUACUCAAUAAGAAGUCAAACAACCUGCGGAAUUUAUAAAUCUCGUACUAGCACUCCCAACCUAAAGCCUGUACAGAUUUAUACACUGGGUAACCUUUUGCGGAGAGCGCAAAGAGAAUAGUUAGGGGGGUGGGGUAGGGUUUUUUCCCCGCUCUGUGACUUCGCACCGCACUCCACCAUCUGAACCACUUCACGCCACACUCGACCAUCUGAACGUCUGGAACGUGCUAUCCCAUAGGAAAUUUAUUCUUUUAUGGUUUUAUUUUAGGCUGUCAGUGUUGUAGAAAACGGGCUGGCCAGCAUCGAGGAUCUUAUAGAGGAUCAAGUGGCUGGAUUUGAUCAAGUUGAAUCCACGGGGGAACUAGAGACAGCCCCUAAAGAGGAGCUUUGAAUCUACUUCAAGCAACGCAGUCUUAGAAGAUAUUUUUAAAUUAUAACUAUUGCGUUAAAUAAAAAUAACUUUUUUAAAAAAGUAGACAACAUACAACUUGUUAUAUGAGAUAAAAUGUUUUAUUAUAUACAUACUGAGAAAUACUCACCAAAAAGCUAUGUCGUAAAUUUUCGUACGCAAAUUAGUUAUAGCCAAUCAGAGGAGCGAACGAUGGUUUUCACACGUGAAAAAAACGAUACGUCCAAUCAGAAUCGCGAACGAUGUUUUUUCACGUGUGAGAAAAAUGAUACGUCCAAUCAGAAGCCACAGAGGUGUAGGAGUUUCGCGCCAAAAUUCCCGCCUUUUAUUGCAGCUUGCAGCGCCGCUUCGCACACAUUUAUCAACGAGAAAAAGUUUUACUCAAGGAGUUUUUCUCGCUAAAAAGUGAAAAACAUUUCGGAAAUGGAGUGGAAUAGUUUCGUUUGUUUCACUGUCGAUAAAAAAAUACGGUAGAGAGCCGGUGAAACAACAGCGGAAAGGGAUAAACAGAACGAGACGUAAGCUUUUUGUUGUGCUUUUUGUCGGAGCUACUUUGCCUUUCAUUUAAGCUUAAGCUUAUAUUGAAACCGGCCAUUUUACUUAAAUUCACUCGUUUUCAAUUGUGCAUUGAGAACAAACAGUUAAGAUUACUUAUAGUUCUUGGAUUAAACCUCAUAUCCUCACCGUCAUUUAUGUUUUUAACAAACGUUUUUACUAAAAAGCUGAUACUUCGUUUUCGUUGUCAUUUUGCGGUAAGUGUGUAGCGGCAAAUUUUAGCAUUUUUGAAAGAUUUAAAAUAAAAAGGCCCGCAAAAUGAUGAAUGACUCAGUAUGUAUAUAAUAAACACAAUACCACAUGGAAAGUGCUUUGUACGGUAUUUACGCACUCGUUGUUUUUGUAUCAGAAAUCUUACUCGUUCGCUGCGCUCACUCGUUCGAUUUCUGAUACGUCAACAACUCGUGCGUAAAUACCGUACGCCAGCACUUUCCAUGAAGUAUUCUCUAUUUAUUCACUUCCUGUGGUAGGGAGUGGAUACCUUUAUUGUUUUGUAUUAUUUUUGUUUUUUGUUUGUUUGUUUGUUUUUGAAAAAUAGAAAUAAUGAAUGUAAAAUUUGACGACUACAGACUACGAUUUCCGAUCGACUUCGGAUGAGGCCCGGCACCGAACAUGACAGGUUACACGUGACCAGUCUUUUGUCGCCCUUACUAUCACAGUUGAGCAGCUUGUUUCUUGUAGUCGUGUCAAGUCGAAAUAGAUUUCGCUAACCAGUCUUGACUGUUUUAGUGAUCCUCAGGAGUUUUAAGUCGAUCUUGCGUACAAAACUAUUCAAUCCACCGGUAUGUACUUUUAGUCCCACUCUAAGCUUUAAACUCAAAGCUCUAGGAAAUAACUGGUUUUGUUUUUAGAAUCGCGGCAUAAGCCAUUAAGGGAAUAGAGGCUACAGUUGAACCUCUCUGAGAACGGCCACCUUGGGGACAGAAGAAAGUGGCCAUUGUAAAGAGGUGGUCGUUGUUGAGAGUUUUCAAACAAGAGUCAAUGUAUGAAUUUUUUGUCCGCCGGGACGAAAAAAGGUGGCCGUUGUAGAGAGGUGGCGGUUAGCGUGUAGGUUCGACUGUAUCACUCUAAUUGGACAACGACGCGAGGUAUUGAGCGUAGCAUUGAGACUUGAAAAAGUUAAGCUUCAUUGGUGUUGAUAUUGCACUCCCUUUAGAUGCCUUGUAUACUCACUAUAAGCUGAGAGAAGUUUUAGACAAGUUCAAAUUCUUUUCUUCUAGAUAUAAACGUACCAUCUAUAAAGUGCGCAGCGGUUGUCAAAGUUCUAUUUUAUUUCAGUCUUGAGCCACACGGAUAUGUUUUUGUAAAGUGACUGAAGAAGCCUGUCAUUUUAUAAAUUGCGCAUUAGAAUAGAACGGCGAAAACUGCCAUAAAUUUUGCCUUUUAUUUUUCAGUAGCGAAAAAGACCUCAGUUUUCGACCAAUCCUUUUUGGGAGCGGUUUCUGCCUGUUAGCAUGCAAAUGGCUAAAAGUGAGGUUUACAUUUUCCUUCUAAUUGGAUGUAGUCAAAAGCGAGAAACGCCAGAAGUUAGAUAUCAGCACACUGAUCACAUUGACAUGUUAAAGGACUUUAUAUUUAUUCACAGGUACCUUUUCGGUUUGCAUUGAUUAUUUAUAUAUAUCAGGCUAUGCAAACACAGGAAAAAAGUUUUCUAUUGCUUUUAUAAAAUAACUUUCCCGAGAAAAAAACGCAAAACUCUUUGUAUGGCACUGAUUAAAAGAGAAAUUCUUACCAGUCACAAAAUCUUGUCCACGAAGUCUUGCACGCGUAAUCAGUUCUUGUUUUGCAAAAAGAUGCUUUGCAAAGUACGGAUUUUUCUCGCUUAAAACGGUCAGCUUAAGCGAAGAAAAAUGUACACACCUUCUUUGAAACAAUUUUCCAAGUCUCAGCCGACGAAGGAAUGGGUAAAUAAAGUAAACUUUUUGAGUUUUGAACUCGAAAACUUUUUCAAAUUUGUGCUUGCGUGAGUAGCGCGCGAAAAGCCAAACAACUUGACGCCACAACCAUGUUUACAUACUCUCAUGCAAACACUCCUCUCGGCCAAUCAGAGCGCGCGUACU